GUCUGACGAGCCGAUCCAUACAUGUCGCCAUCUCCUUCGCUGGUGCUAGUCUGCUACAGGAGCGAGCGAGCUAGCUAGCUCCUCUACCAAAUCUUCCCUUCCCUGCCCUCGUCUAUAUAUCCCGGGACGCGUUCUUGGUCCCCUGGAUAUCUCGGCACCAGCAUUCUUCUUCCACUGUGUUCUUGGAGCCCGUCCAGAUCAUUCAGGGUCGGAUUCAGGUUGCUUUGCUCAAGGACCGGAGCUUCAUUCGAGCGGGCAUGUCGGGCCAGGCCGGGAGCGGCGGCGGCGGCGGCGGGCCACCGCCGGCGGCGUCGGCGUACAGGAGCCCGUCCACGGACGGCAAGCGCCGGAGCACGCGGUUCAAGGACGAGGACGAGUACGUCGAGGUCACGCUCGACGUCCGGGGCGACGGCGACGGCGCCGUCGCCGUCCGCAGCGUCAAGGGCGUCGCCGCCCCGGACGCGCAGGGGGCGGCGCUCCUGGGCGGCCCGGCUCCGGCUCCGGCGCCCGGCCCCGGCGGGCUGUCGUCCAAGCUCCGGGCUCUCCGGCGCAUCGCGUCGGGGAGCACGCGCGCCGCCGGGGUGCCGCUCUCGGCGCUGCUCCGCGGGGACCGGCCCGCCGCCAGGCUCGACCGGAGCGUCACCGGCGCCGCCAGCGCGCUCCGGGGGCUCCAGUUCCUCAACCAGGCCGCCGUCACCGAGGGGUGGCCCGAGGUCGAGAAGCGCUUCCACCGCCUCGCCGUCGACGGCUUCCUCCUCCGCUCCCGCUUCGGCCAGUGCAUCGGGAUGGUUGGAUCCGAGGAGUUCGCCGUGCAGAUCUUCGACUCCCUUGCGCGGCGAAGAGGGAUCACCGCGCAGGUGCUCACCAAGGAGCAGCUCCGGGAGUUCUGGGAGCAGCUCUCUGAUCCAGGAUUCGAUGCCAAGCUUCGGACCUUCUUUGACAUGGUUGACAAGAAUGCUGAUGGCCAGAUCACUGAAGAGGAGCUCAAAGAGGUCCUCACUCUGACCGCCUCCGCGAACAAGCUGUCCAAGAUCCUCGAGCGCGUCGACGAGUACACCGCCCUGAUCAUGGAGGAGCUCGAUCCCGAUAACCUCGGCUACAUUGAGAUUGCAAACCUGGAGUCCCUGCUGCUGCUGCCGCCGUCGCAGGCGCAAUCCCGCCUGCUGACGCACAGCUCCAACAUCAGCCAGCUGAUCAGCCAGAGGCUGGCGCCGGCGCCCGACCGCAACCCGCUCCGGCGCGCCGCCCGGAGCCUCCUCUACUUCCUCGAGGACAACUGGAAGCGCGUCUGGGUGGUGGCGCUGUGGCUGGCCAUCAACGCCGGCCUCUUCGCCUGGAAGUUCGCCGCGUACCGGCGCCACCCGACGUUCGACGUCAUGGGCUACUGCGUGUGCGUCGCCAAGGGCGGCGCCGAGACGACCAAGUUCAACAUGGCCGUCAUCCUCCUCCCCGUGUGCCGGAACACCAUCACCUGGCUCCGCUCCCGGACCCGGCUCGGCGCCGCCGUCCCCUUCAACGACAACAUCAACUUCCACAAGGUGGUCGCCGGCGGCGUGGCCGUCGGCGUGGCGCUGCACGCGGUGACGCACCUGACGUGCGACUUCCCGCGGCUGCUCCACGCCAGCGCCGCCGCGUACGAGCCGAUGAAGGCCUACUUCGGCCAGCGGCGGAUCCCCAACUACUGGUGGUUCGUCAAGGGCGUGGAGGGCGUCACCGGGGUGAUCAUGGUGGUGCUCAUGGCCGUCGCCUACACGCUGGCGCACCCCUGGUUCCGCCGGGGGAAGCUCAGCGAGGGCAACCCGCUGCGGCGGCUCAGCGGGUUCAACAUGUUCUGGUACUCCCACCACCUCUUCGUCAUCGUCUACAUAGCCUUCGUCGUCCACGGCGUCAGCCUCUACAUCAACCGGACCUGGUACAAGCAGACGACAUGGAUGUACCUCGCCAUCCCCCUGCUGCUGUACGCCGGCGAGCGGCUCCUCCGGGCGCUGAGGUCCCACGGGCUGACCACGGUGAGGGUCGAGAAGGUGGCCGUGUACCCGGGGAACGUGAUCGCCAUCCACAUGAGCAAGCCGCACGGGUUCAGCUACAAGAGCGGGCAGUACAUCUACGUCAACUGCGGCGAGGUCUCGCCGUUCGAGUGGCACCCGUUCACCAUCACCUCGGCGCCCGGCGACGACUACCUGAGCAUGCACAUCCGGUGCCGCGGCGACUGGACGACCAGCUUCCGCGCGCUCUUCUCGCAGGUGUGCCGGCCCCCGGCCGCCGGGCAGAGCGGCCUCCUCCGCGGCGACGACCUGUCCGCGACCGCCGGCAAGCUCCCGAAGCUGCUGAUCGACGGGCCCUACGGCGCCCCCGCGCAGGACUACCGCAAGUACGACGUGCUCCUCCUCAUCGGGCUCGGCAUCGGCGCCACCCCGCUCAUCAGCAUCGUCAAGGACGUGCUCAACCACAUCUCCGGCGCCGGCGAGCUGCCGGACCCGGCGUUCCUGACGCGGCGGGUCUACUUCUACUGGUGCACGCGGGAGGAAGGGUCCUUCGAGUGGUUCCGCGGCGUGAUGGACGAGGUGGUGGAGCGCGACGCCGGCGGCGACGUGGUGGAGCUCCACAACCACUGCACCAGCGUGUACGGCGAGGGCGACGCCCGGUCGGCGCUGCUGGUGAUGCUGCAGGCGCUGCACCACGCCAAGAGCGGCGUCGACGUCGUGUCCGGGACGCGGGUGCGCACCCACUUCGCGCGCCCCUGCUGGCGGGACGUCUUCAAGCGGGUGGCCUGCGCCCACCAGGGCCAGCGCGUCGGCGUCUUCUUCUGCGGCGACCAGAAGCUCACGCCGGAGCUCCGCCGCCUCUCGCAGGACUUCUCGCACAAGACCACCACCAAGUUCGUCUUCCACAAGGAGAACUUCUAGGAGCGAAUUAAAUCGGCAGCAACUGCUGAUGCACAACACAACACACCACAAAAACGUGUAUAUAUAUGUUGGAUUAUUGGUAGUGUGUUUUCUAGUUUUUUUCUUAAUUUAUUAUUGGUAUAGGACAGUACUACUCACAUACAAACAUAUAUAUGGUGCCUUUUGUUUUUCUUUUGAAAAUGGAUAGUACGUAGGCCAUUUAUAUAUAGCACUGCACUUUUGUGGCCC